GUCAGAGAGAGAGAGAGAGAGAGAGACGUUAAUUUCGGGGUCAAUUUAAAACCUAUUGACUCAGAGACAUAAUACAAUGACAGUUUAGUGUAUCAUGUUGUAGCAUGCACUGUGUAGUUGUAACUAUGGGAACAAGACAUGUCUCUAUAGUUCAGGGCUGCUACUAGCUCAAAGCAUGUGACAUAGGUGACAAACACCCAAUCAAAAGAAAGGGGAGGGUUAGCUCAUUAGUCUAAUAGCAUAAAAUAGAUACACAAAGACUUAUUCAGUCAGUUAAAGGAGCUUCUCUCAUUCACUCUCUCUCUCAGGACUUUCUCUCUCUCAGGAAACUGUCAGGGCUCUUUACCUAUUCCUUUACAUCUCCCUCUCUCUCUCUCUCCCCCUCUCUUCAAUCUUUCAAGAUGGCUACAAGAAAAACCAAGGAUGCUGCUCCAGCCACAAAGCAGCCAGGAGUUGGAAGAAAGGGAAAAGACAAACAACCAGUGAAGCCACUACAAGAGAAAGACCAGCUCAUCCGUCAGCCACUAGCCAGUACCCAUAACUCAAAAACUGACGAGACACAAAAACCAGCUGUAAAAAAAGAACUAAAACCCACCACCACCACCACUACUGCUGCCUCAGCCUGUUCUCUGUCAGCAGUACCCGCUCUUCUUCCUAUGAAAGCUAAGGAGCCCAGUCUGUCUAUUGCUAGUGCCAUUAAAGGAGAAGCACUAGAAAAGGCUCUUAUGCUACCAGUAGACAUUAAAGACAGUGAAGAUCCUUUCUGCUGUACGGAGUACGUUAAUGACAUACACAUGUAUAUGAUGGCCAGUGAGCAGAAACCGUGUUACGCCAUUUCAGAGCGUUCGAUUGUCGAUCAGUCUUUCCCAUUUACGAGCGAUCACAGAAGUAUUCUGAUCGAUUGGCUGAUACAGGUGCAUCUGAAGUUCCAGCUUCUACAGGAAACGCUCUAUAUAGCAGUGGAUAUAUUGGAUCGCUAUCUUGAUAUAAAGAAAGUGACCAAGGACCAGCUACAACUAACAGGAGUCACCUCAAUGUUCCUAGCCAGCAAAUACGAAGAGAUAUACCCUCCAAGCAUAUUAGACUUCACAUACAUUUGCGCCGAAACGUACGACGAUGAACAAAUGAGAGACAUGGAGAGGAACAUACUAGUGUCCUUAAGCUACGACCUCAACAAACCAUUCACUAUACAGUUCCUACGUCGCUACUCCAAAAUCACCAAAGCCUCAAAUAAAGAGCACAAUUUGGCUAAGUACAUAUUAGAACUAUCUCUCCUUGAUUGGAAACUCUCAACUAUCAGACCUUCAAUGAAAGCAGCAGCAGCUCUCCUCCUGGCAAAGACAACGCUUAGUCAUAAAGAGGUUGAUUGCAGUGUCCUUCUUGAAUAUACUCAAUUCAAGUUUGAUGAUUUAAGGGAUGUCAUGUAUCGAUUAAAAUGCUGCCUUCAUCAUUAUCACAGGCACAGUUUGAACACUGUGAGGAGGAAGUACGAGAAUAUGAAGUACCUGGAGAUAGCCAAAGUGGAAGAAUUGAAGAGGCGACUGCCAGGCCAGUCAUCUCAAUGACUCAAGAAGCUACUUUACUCAAUAAUUCUAAAUUACCUUGAUCUGUGAAUAAUCUGUUAUUCCUAACUCAUCUAAUCACUGUAUCACUUAUUUACGAAUUCAUUUAUUCCAACAUUAUUGAAUUACAAUUUUACCAUUA